AUGGAGCCAGACUUUGAUUCCCUCGUUCCCGAUGGCAUUGUUGACUUCAUCGACUACACCAAAUUGCAUCAACUGACGUCCGGCUUGGAGGAUACAACUACCGCCCAGCCCAUUGGUUCAAAGGCAGGCGUGGAAACAGCAACCGCAGAGUCACCACAGGAGUCAGGUGAACCGACGUCGCCGUCUUCGCCGCCCACCCGACAAAAUGCCCUUCCAAGCAUUGAGUCCUGGGUACGCAACGCAAACUUCUCACCCUAG